AUGCGACCAUGUGAUGAUAUUGAAGCAUUAUUUAGUCAUUCAUAUUUUCUUGGUCCAUAUAUUUAUGUCGUACCAGUUUUACAAGAUCCAAAACCUGGUCAAACUCAACAUUUAUGGUUACCAAAAAGUUCAACAAAUCAAUGGAUAAAUUAUUUUAAUACAUCAAUUAUACAUAAAUCUGAUACAUUUAUUAAAGAAGAUACAAGUAGUCUUUAUCGUAUACCAAUUUAUAUUGAACAAAAUUCUUUAAUACCAAUGUAUGACAUUGAAAAAAAUUAUUCUCUUAAUGCAUUCAAAUUUGUUUUAUGGGGUAAAAUUAUAUCUGAUAAACAACAAACAAUAUUAUUUACACGUGAUCGUCAACAAUGGUUAUUAGAAUUUAAUCGUUUGCAACGACAAUUAACUGUACAUUUCAUUCAACAAUAUGAUUCAAAUGAAAAACAUGAAUGGAUAUGGAAAUUUUGUCAAUAUGUUAAUGAAAAAGAAAUUUGUUCACAUCAAUGGUUAUCACUUUAUGAUAAAGCUUCUGUUCAACUUGAAGUUUUAGUUUAA